GGUUAGCAGCGGUGCGAAGAGCACGUAUUGCCGCCAUUUUGCGUCCCGCCAAAACUUGACGCGUCAAACUUCGAUGACAGAAAAAAUCGUUGAGUGACUUUUUAAUAAUCAAAAACGUUUAACAAACUAUUUGUGACUGUUAAAUACGUGUAAAAAAAUGUACAUUAUUUUUGCCGUGCGUGUAAAAGUGCAUAAUUAGUUUAAUUUGUGUUAAACAAUAAUGGAUCUUGUGCAAGCGCCGGAACGUUGACCUUAUUUCUUGACAGGGCCAUGGAGCUCAAAACGCCAAAAGACAAGAAGAUAUCGAGUUUCGCCAAACUCCUGUCGCGCGGCAAAAUGUUCCGGAUACCGAUACUCAUCCUCUUCCUCCUGGGCAGCACUAGCUGCGACGACACCGAAGACGAAUUCCAAUUUCAAAUUCAAAAUUCAAAUUCCGAAUUGCAAAACACAAGCUUGAUGGAACACUCGCAUAGACACGGACGCAAUACCAGUGUAAAAAAAGAUUUGAGUGACAUUAAAUAUUUAAGGCGGCAUUUGAAUAGGGAAAUAGUUAAUUUUGUGAUGACCGACUAUUUGGUGGACGGGGAGGUGGAGAAUCGUGUACAUUAUAAUGGGAUUACGGCGAAGGAGACUUACGUUGGCGCAAAUGGGAGCGGCUUGCGAUUGCGUCAGCUGACCGACGGCCGCCAUCUUGUGCAAGUCAUCUACACACCAAAUGGCGCCAUCCAGGACUGCGAGUACAUCACCCAAGCAAAAUAUUCCAGAAACUUCCUUAAAACAUUACGGAAAGAACUCAAACUCGCACUGGAAGAACAAAGUAUUAAAUUAACACAAAAUGAAAUAACGAAUGAAGAUGAGAAAUAUUACCGCCAUUUUAGUAAUGUCACGCUGCGGAUAUUGAGAAAUGGGGAGACUCUGCCGAUAGAUGUCGCUAGUUGGUUGGACUUUGACAAGUUGAAGUUGGAAUGCUUGGAAAGGCACGAGGAGCUGAAGUUUAUGAUGACCAAUAAGAAUAAAGUUUCAGACGCGACGCUUGCUAGGUCACGGAGGUCUUUGAAAGAGAAUUUCAUAGUCCCCGGAACGAAAUGGUGCGGCGCCGGCGACCUGGCAGAGAAGUACAGCGAACUCGGCAUGAAUAGGAAGGAAGAUACCUGCUGUAGGGCUCACGACAACUGCAGACUCAACAUAGGCCCGUUCAGACGAAGAUUCGGCUAUUUCAACUUUAGGCCAUUCACGAUUUCAAACUGCGCAUGUGAUAGAAGAAAAAAACGUGACGCCAUGGAGUUACUGAGAGUGCCAGGGACAAAGUGGUGUGGCAAGGGAUAUUCGGCGACGCGGUACUCCCAGUUGGGAGGUUACACACGCACCGACCGCUGCUGCCGCGUGCACGAUCUCCGGUGCCCCUUCUGGAUUGGGGGCAUGGAGAAGAAAUACGGACUUUUCAACUGGCGUGUGAACACGCUUAUGCACUGCCGCUGCGAUGAAAGAUUCCGCGCCUGCCUGAAGCUAGCGAACACCUCGAUGUCCAACAUGGUGGGCAAGCUGUUCUUCAACGUGGUGCAGACGAGGUGCUUCGUUCUGAAGCCGGUCAAGUCCUGCACGCAGCGCUCCUGGUGGGGGCGCUGCCUGCGGCGCUCGUACACCAAGCGGGCGUAUUUGAGAGACAACAUGCCGUAUUAAUACUAACGCCAUCUAUCUUCAAAAUGAAAACUAAGUUUUUGUUGUACCAACGCCAUCUAGCGUUAUAGAAAAUUACAAUGGGACUUACGUU